AUGCUUGUGUCGCUGACGUGUAAGUGUUCUGUAAGAGGUGAACUCGGGCCUGCAUGUAAUUCAGCUGGAAUGAUAGAUCGUUAUGUUCUUGGAAUUGAUCAUCUUUAUGCCAAACCCGUGUACAGAAAUCUGAAGCCAUGGCCAAGUUCCAAGAUAGCACCUUCAUGGUGUCAUGCACCUUUUGAUCCUGAAGGUAUUUUAAGUUCACUAACAACUGCUGUGACCUGUGAGCUGCAUCAUUGGACUUCAGUGUGGCUACAUUCUUGUACAGUUGCAGGUAUAUCUUUGGUCACCUCAGCACGUGUUGGAAUUACUUUUUGCAUAAUGUAUGCAUUUUUGUCACAGAAAAGGGAUAGUGAAACAAUUCGAGCCAAUCAUGUCAGGAAGUCGUUGCCGGAGUUGACGCAAAAUCCAUCCAGAAUGUCGGCUGAGAUAGAUGAAACAUCAGAGAAUGGGAACACGGAUCAUGAUUAUCAUCAUCAUUGCCACCUUCACCAAGACUACAGCCACCGCUCCCUCCGUAACUCCCAAAUGAAUUCUCACCCAGUGAAGCGCCUCUAUCACCAAAGUAAUAAUUGGGGGCUCCUUGUUUUCAUGUUUUCCUAG